GCUUUAACUUUGAAAAGUAAAACUAAACCAUGAUUGGUAAAGUUUAACGACGGCUUCUUACCGGAAGCUCUACGCAGCAUAAACAAAAAGUUUUCAGACAAAUCUUCGAAACUAGCAGCAGGAGAUCUUCUUUUUGAUGGCGCAUCAGGACAACUUCCAUCAUCGGUGUAAUGAUUCAGACGAACAAGAUCCUACGACAAUGACCAUUGAGUUUCUCCGUGCACGUUUACUUGCUGAAAGAGCUGUUUCCAAGAGCGCCAGAGCUAAGCUUGAUGGCCUCUCUGAUAAAGUAGCAGAGCUGGAAGAACAGCUCAAGAUUGCGUCUUUACAGAGAAAAAAGGCCGAACAGGCUACUGCUGAUGUCCUUGCUAUCCUCGAAGAACACGGGUUUCAAGAUGAUUCAAGCUCUGAUCAAGAAAGCUACUCUCAGACUACUAACUCAGUGUCUGCUAAAAGUCUAUCCUGGAAAGGACGCAGGAGAGAAGCUGGUUCUUCCGACAAGAACAAGGAGUCACGUAACAGGAGACAGAGAGGCUUCGUGUCUGCUUACUUUUCCUCGCCAAGACACCACCGGAAAGGAAGAUCUUGUCGCCAAAUAAAACGCAGCGAGUCAAGAACUGUAUCUGAAGAUCAUAAGAGAGAUGGAGAUACAGUUGUUGAUCUUCAAGGAAAAGAAGUGCUUCCUCAAACGAGUGAAGAAGCAUCCACAACUGUGGUUGAUGUUGUUACUGUUAUCAAGGGAGAAGAAAGCUUGCAGAAGUUGUCAUGUUCAAAUGUUUUAGAGAAGGGAAACAGUAUUGACAUCAAGUUGGAGAAAGCUCUAAGAAAACGCGCACAAGUUGUUGGAGCUUACGAAGAUAUGGAAGAGACUCAGAAGCAAUGGGAGAAUAAAUCAUCUUCUCUGGAUGUAUGUGACGUAGGAAGCCAUUCAGAUGUGACGGAUGAAAGUAAUGGAGAAAAAGCUCAAGGUUCCACACUAGUCCUACCCUCACUCUGUGAUACAAAGCCUAUGGCCAAUGAGGUUGACCUUGAAACUUCUUCACAUGGUUCACUUGAUAAUUCAGUAACAUCACCUGAUAAGUGCUGCAAAAGUUGCGGUUCCAAACCUGUGGAACUAGGUGCUUCUCUAUCUAGAAACAACGGGAAACAUAUAUCUGAGAGUCCUCAAAGUGAGUCUUCCCAUCCACAGAGCUGUAAAGGUAUCUCUGAGCAAUCUUCAUCAACGAUUCGGUCAAACUCUAGAGGUGGUUCCUUUUGUAGUAAUGCUACUACCAUCCAGAAGAUAGAUUAUCCCUUAGUUCCAGCGGCAAAAGAAAAGUCUGAUACCUGUGAUACUGUCCUCACUGCGCUAAAGCAAGCUAAGCUGUCUCUGCAAGAGAAAGUCAAUAGCUUACAUAUCAGAAAACCUGAGUAUCUUUCUGAGAGCUCUUAUCCUUCAACCCCAGGUUCAUAUAUGAACACACUACCUAUAGAGCCAGCAUUUGGAACCAGACCAACUCUCCCUGCUUCCAACGUCGGGUCCAUGCUAGAGUUUCCUGUUGGCUGUGCUGGACUUUUCAGAGUACCCACUGAUUUUUCACCUGAUGCGUCAACGAGGAACAGCUUUUUAGCCUUGAGUUCUCAGAAAGCUCUUGUUAACCAUAUACCUGAGAGAGACCUUCCUUUGUUACCUGAAGAUCAGCUUUUCACCAAAACUUUACUAGACAAAGAGCGGCCUUUGACCACCCCAUACAUUGGUGGACCAAAACUAUGGACAGGCUUCAGGGAAGAUGGUGAACCGGUUGUGGAUACUCAAGAAGCCAGACUUUAUAAAGGCGCACCAAGGGUCUCAGAGGGUGUCAGACCAUCUGGUUUUGAAGGUAAACAACUAUCCUCAACUAGCUUCAGCUUAGAUAGACAGGUAAGUACAUAUAAUCCCCUGUCAAUGUCACCUAGUCCAAGUUUGUAUCCUGAUCCAGUUCUGCGUAGUAGAGAAAUGUAUUCGACUCCUUAUUACACGCGUGCGGUUGGGCUGCCUCCUACUGGUGGUUCAACUGACGGCUUAUUUAGGCGAGAGUAUGAUUGAUUCUGUUGGAGUGUGUGUUGUUGUGUACCAUGUUUGUAGACUGUAUGUACCGGCCUUGUAUGAAUUUGGACAGACACUACUGUAAAGAAGAGGCAAAAAGUGAUGUAUGCGGUGAUUCAUAGCUUUUGUAAUUAUAGGUCAGCAGUACGGUGGGGUAUUAAAUCAAGGUUUCUUGAUUA